CGCGCUCUUGUCUCUCCACGCCCCCCAUCUUUCAUCCCAGUCCUCCCAUAGGUUCGAUGCAAAGGUAACAGAGCGACCGGGGGCUUGAUAAAGAUCGACUUUAUCCUCGUGCUUUCUUCCACCAGCACGCAGCAACAUGCCGAGCAAUAGAAAGAAGAACUCGCGUCGCAUGAAGAGGGUGCAGGCCGAGAGGGGAGUCCUUGAAGAACAGCAUGCAGCCGACCCGGCAGUCAAAGCGACUCCUGCAAAUGCAGUGAGUGGGCCCCCUGCAGCGAGCUCGAAGCAAGCGGCUAAAACUCCAGCACCAGUAAAGAUCCCAGAGGCGGUUCCGAUUGCUGUCCCAACUGUGAAGACCCCCAUCGUUAAACCAGAACCAAUUGUGGAAAAGCCGGUCUCGGUUCCUGUGGUCUCUGUGCCCGUGGAGGAGCCGGUCUCGGCGCCUAUUGAGGAGCCGGUCUCUGUGCCCAUGGAGGAGCCGGUCUCUGUGCCAGUUGAGGAGCCGGUCUCUGUUCCUAUUGAGGAGCCGGUCUCUGUUCCAGUUGAGGAGCCGGUCUCUGUUCCAGUUGAGGAGCCGGUCUCUGUUCCAGUUGAGGAGCCGGUCUCUGUUCCAGUUGAGGAGCCGGUCUCGGUGCCAGUUGAGGAGCCGGUCUCGGUGCCAGUUGAGGAGCCGGUCUCGGUGCCAGUUGAGGAGCCGGUCUCGGUGCCUAUUGAGGAGCCGGUCUCGGUGCCAGUUGAGGAGCCGGUCUCGGUGCCUAUUGAGGAGCCGGUCUCGGUGCCAGUUGAGGAGCCGGUCUCGGUGCCUAUUGAGGAGCCGGUCUCGGUUCCUGUGGUCUCUGUGCCUAUUGAGGAGCCCGUCUCGGUGCCUAUUGAGGAGCCGGUCUCGGUUCCUGUGGUCUCGGUGCUUGUUGAGGAGCCGGUCUCGGUGCCUAUUGAGGAGCCUGUCUCGGUUCCUGUGGUCUCGGUGCCUGUUGAGGAGCCGGUCUCGGUGCCUAUUGAGGAGCCGGUCUCGGUUCCUGUGGUCUCGGUGCCUGUUGAGGAGCCGGUCUCGGUGCCUAUUGAGGAGCCGGUCUCGGUUCCUGUGGUCUCGGUGCUUGUUGAGGAGCCGGUCUCGGCGCCUAUUGAGGAGCCGGUCUCGGUUCCUGUGGUCUCGGUGCUUGUUGAGGAGCCGGUCUCUGUGCCUAUUGAGGAGCCGGUCUCGGUUCCUGUGGUCUCGGUGCCUAUUGAGGAGCCCGUCUCGGUUCCUGUGGUCUCGGUGCCUGUUGAGGAGCCGGUCUCGGUGCCUAUUGAGGAGCCGGUCUCGGUUCCUGUGGUCUCGGUGCUUGUUGAGGAGCCGGUCUCGGCGCCUAUUGAGGAGCCGGUCUCGGUUCCUGUGGUCUCGGUGCUUGUUGAGGAGCCCGUCUCGGUGCCUAUUGAGGAGCCGGUCUCGGUUCCUGUGGUCUCGGUGCUUGUUGAGGAGCCGGUCUCGGUUCCUGUGGUCUCGGUGCCUGUUGAGGAGCCGGUCUCGGUGCCUAUUGAGGAGCCGGUCUCGGUUCCUGUGGUCUCGGUGCCUGUUGAGGAGCCGGUCUCGGUGCCUAUUGAGGAGCCGGUCUCGGUUCCUGUGGUCUCGGUGCUUGUUGAGGAGCCGGUCUCGGCGCCUAUUGAGGAGCCGGUCUCGGUUCCUGUGGUCUCGGUGCCUGUUGAGGAGCCGGUCUCGGUGCCUAUUGAGGAGCCGGUCUCGGUUCCUGUGGUCUCGGUGCCUAUUGAGGAGCCGGUCUCGGUGCCUAUUGAGGAGCCGGUCUCGGUUCCUGUGGUCUCGGUGCUUGUUGAGGAGCCGGUCUCGGUGCCUAUUGAGGAGCCGGUCUCGGUGCCUAUUGAGGAGCCGGUCUCGGUUCCUGUGGUCUCGGUGCCUGUUGAGGAGCCGGUCUCGGCGCCUGUUGAGGAGCCGGUCUCGGUGCCUAUUGAGGAGCCGGUCUCGGUUCCUGUGGUCUCGGUGCCUGUUGAGGAGCCGGUCUCGGUGCCUAUUGAGGAGCCGGUCUCGGUUCCUGUGGUCUCGGCGCCUAUUGAGGAGCCGGUCUCGGUGCCUGUUGAGGAGCCCGUCCCAGUUGAGGUAGCGGUGCCAGAGCCAGAGGUUGUGGUGUUGGAACAGACAACGGAGGUGGAGGUCGAAGUCGCGGUCACUGAAGAAGCCCCCGUUGUUGAGAGUCCACCUGAAGAGCCCUCGACAGUUGAAGCUGCCAUCGUGCAGGAGGCUGAACCCAUCAUUCCUGAACCAGAACCAGUGACAGAGGUCAUACCCCCAGCUGAGGCUCCUGUAACAGCGCCUGUUGAGAUCGAGACGCAUGAAGCCUCCGAGCCGAAGACCGAGGCGUCCGUAGAGGUGGAGGAGGCGGCGGCCGUUGAGACUGAGGUGGCAGUCGCGGCCGAUAUCGCCACGCCAGAGCCUGAAACCAUCGCCGUGGUUCCUGCUGAAGCCGAACCCGCCGCAGAGGAAGCAAUUCCCGAGGCAAUUUCCGAGGCAAUUCCGGAAGUGGUGGAGGAGGUCGCCUCAGAGAUAACCGAGCCAGAAGAGGAGGCUGUCGCCGUCGCCUGUCCUGCGGAGCCAGAAGAAGAUGCUGAAAUAGAAGUGCUGGUUGAGGAAGACGCGCCUGUUGCCGUCACAGAGGAUGCUCCUGCCCCAUCGGUGGAAACCCCAGUGGUGCCAGAAACCGUCCCAGAGACUCUGGUAGAAGAGGCUGAAGCCAUCGCAACUGAAGUCAACGAGAGCGUUGCAGACAGCCUGGUCGAUGACUUUGUCGUCACAGAAUCAUCGGUGGAGGUCGCCAUUGCCACUGCAGUCCAGCCGGAAAUUGUGGAAGUGAAUGACAACAAAUCAGAAUCAGUGGAUGUGAUGUCCGCUGAGGAGCCUGCUGCUGCCCCUGCAGAGGAAAUGGCCGUAGACACCAGUGCUGAGGAGACGAGUUCGGACAUCCCAUCAAAAGAGCCAAAGCUAGAAAUCUGCGACAUACCGUGUCAGAUGGUGCAACUCAGCGCAAUGGAGAUGUCAAUGGAGGCGACCCUGAAUGGACACAUGGUUCCAGAGGUCUCCAUUGAGGGCUAGAUUCCCGUCACACACCUCGGGAGAUCUUUUUUUUGUUGUCUUUAUUCCCCCUUUGGCCAUUUGGAGGACUCAAAGCUAUACAGCUGAUCUUGUUAAUUUUUUUUAGGGCUUAUGCAUGGAAAUCUCAAAAGGAUGUCCACACUUUGAAGUGCCUUUCUGGCCCCGGUUCCUGUCGCGUAACACCAAACCAGAUGUCACUAUGCCAAAAAAACCCGCCGCAUUCAAGGCAGCAGAACAAGCCGAUAACCAACACGUGAACAAAUACAUUUAAAAAAGGUGAAAGAACAAAAUGAAUUUGCAUUAAGAGUGGAAGCAGACGUGCUUUAGAGAUUUUAAAAAAUCCCAGAGAAAUGGCAGUGCCUAAUAUUUUUGUUCGUCUCCAGUGCUUCGGCUUCAACGCUGCACACACUCAUUGCAGGUGAACUCUGUAGCGUCGUUGAAUGUGGCUACAGUUAUGGCUAUAGUUGUACUUGGGCCUCUGUUCAUAUGGGUGGGAGGGACUACUUGCUCUGUUUCCCCCCCCCCAAAAAGACUCUUACAAACCUCUUCAUAGCCCCCCAUUUCUGUCCCCAGUUCUCCUCUCUGCCUCAAUAAGUGCCAUUGGUGCGACACUAAAACGCAUCCCAAAGCUAGAGUUUCAGGUUUAUUGGCAACUGGAAAAUGACAGUUUGAGGGGUUGAGCUGAGGUCUUUCUUUUUCCCCUCUUUUUUUUUUUUCACUCAUUAAAAUAAAUUUUGUAUUUACUAUAUAACGUGCUACAGUCUUGUGUUCAAAAUCUGUGAUCUGGUGAAAAGGAUACUGUCGAACUGCCGUUGGUCCAACUUCUAAAUAAAGCUGUAACUGAC